AUGCCACACGGAUCCAAUAUCAAGGAGUAUAGCCGAGACCACCGAGCGUGGAUCCAAGACGGGAAGAAGUUUCGCAACAUCAGGUCAUCGAAGGCUUUCAUCUGGCCCAAGGAUGGCAGGAACGGAUCGAAGUGGGGCCGCAUGAAGGACAUACUCCAAGACAAGGGUCCUGACAUCCACAUCGCCAUCAGCGCCGACAAGAUGGACUACAUGAAGAACCGACAAAGCAGAUCUCGCUGGUCCGACUGGACCUGCCUCGACGAUCGCGAUAAGGAUCUCUCGAUGUCGUCGAAAAAGUAUGCACCUUGGACCUGCAACGGUGCCCUUGGUGGACGCGCUCCAGGACUGAGCUACGACUUCCGCACCCGCAAGUACGGCAAGUACAACAAGUACAUGUGGACGGAUGUCAAGUGGCAGCCAGAGCCCAACGGGAAGCACCUGUAUCCAGAAGCGUUCCGUUCGUUCACUGGUGAUUGGUAUCAGGACACCCACUACAUUCCGUUGGCCAGACGUUAUGAGCAUUGGUGA